CUACAAUUUGUGAUUACAGCCUUUGGAAAAAGAACAAAGAAAAAACACAAUAGAGAGAGAGAGAGAGAAUGGGUGGGAAAGGAGGGGUGGUGACAGAGAAGAUGAAGCUUAUGAUGGCAUUGAUAACACUGCAACUAUGCUUUGCAGGGUUUCACAUUGUAUCAAGAGUUGCUCUCAACAUUGGGGUUAGCAAAGUGGUGUACCCUGUCUACAGAAACAUCCUUGCCCUUCUCCUCAUCUCCCCCUUUGCUUACUUCCUUGAAAAGAAUGAGAGGCCUCCUUUGACAUUCUCCUUAUUGGUUCAGUUCUUCCUCUUGGCUCUCAUUGGAAUCACAGCGAACCAAGGAUUCUAUCUGCUGGGAUUGUACUACGCAUCUCCAACGUUUGCCUCAGCAAUGCAGAACUCUGUUCCUGCAAUCACAUUCAUCAUGGCUUGUGCCCUAAGAUUGGAGGAAAUCAAUCUGGCAAGGAGAGACGGUGUGGCCAAGGUUUUGGGAACGGUAGUGAGCAUCGGAGGAGCCACCAUUAUCACACUCUACAGAGGCAUUCCUAUCUUUCACAAGAGCCUUGGCUCAGAAGAAACCUAUUUGCAUGAGUCGAAAUCGCAGAACUGGACGUUCGGAUGCUUAUACCUCCUCGGACACUGUCUCUCAUGGGCUGGUUGGAUGGUUCUUCAAGCCCCUGUCCUGAAAAAGUACCCUGCAAAGCUAACUUUGACGUCUUUCACAUGUCUCUUCGGUCUGAUUCAGUUUCUGGUCAUUGCCCUCUUCGUCGAAACCGAUAUCAACAACUGGGUCAUCGUCUCUUGGGAAGAGCUUCUCACCAUCUUAUAUGCGGGAAUAGUAGCAUCAGGAAUAGUGGUGUACCUGCAGACAUGGUGCAUCCACAAAGGAGGCCCUGUCUUUGUCGCCGUGUUUCAGCCUCUCCAGACUCUUCUCGUCGCCGCCAUGGCCUUUCUCCUUCUCGGUGAUCAAUUAUACUCCGGCAGGAUUGUGGGUGCAGUGUUCAUAAUGCUUGGGUUAUACUUAGUUCUAUGGGGCAAAACAGAGGAGAGAAGAACAAUGAGAAACCAAGAAGAUGAAUCACUUACCAAACAUCUCCUUGGAGAUGAAACCACAGGUGAAGCUGAAGAAAACAAUGAAUCUGCUGUCUGAAAACAACAAUCACAGCAAAACACACACAAAAAAAAAAAACAGUUUUUUUUUCCUUCUGUACAUAACACACACAACAAUGGUAACUCAAAAUGUCUGUCCAAGAAGCUUGGUUUCUUUUAUUCUAUGAAGAAUCUUUACUUUUCCAUUUA